CGGCGGCAGUGUGCCGGGCAGGCGGGCGGCGCUCGGCCGUGUUCUCGACUCUCGGCUCCGGAUCCGCAGCCUCCGAUAUUAGAGUGAAACAAAGCGAUGACGAGCUUUUGAGGAAUUAAAGGUGUGGUGACUGGAUCAGCGAACUUUGGCAACUACAGAAGUGUUGCACCGGCACAGCUGGCGUUGCGGUCAUUGUCGCUGCGCAGCGUCGGCCGGCGGUCGUGCGGGGCAUGCGCGGACGCACUGUGACACACAUGCGCUCCACUACGCAUCCGCCGAGGUGCGAUAACCGACCUCCUCCAACGUGCCAAGUUUCGAUUUCAUCGGCGCUCUCGGCGUAGUCGCACGUGCAGUGCUGCAGACGCCGCACAUCACGGACCCUCGUCGUGCGAGACUCCUCGAGUGAUGUUACAUCAAAUAAUUGAACCAUUACCGCCUGCAUAGAUUGACUCUACAUUCAAAUAAAACAUUUUGACGUUUUCGUGACAUGCCGCGUAGACGUGCGACAGGCGCACUGAUAUAAAAUAAACAUCGUGUGAAAGUUAAAUAAUCGUUUUGAAGAGUUAAGUGCAGGUAUAGGAAGUGCAGUUUAAUAUAUUAGUGCAAUAUGACGUCCCGGUCGAAGGAGAAGGUGGCGGCCGCAUUCCGCAAGCUGUUCCGCUCUCCGGAGAAGCUGGACAAUGAUGGCGCAGGACCGAGCGGGUCACCAGCGCGGCGGGGUCUGCUUCGACGACACAGAGAUGGCGUAAGUCCAGCAGAAGCGGCAGCGGCGAGUUUGCCAGCCAGUCCAUCGGCCACAACUCUUGUCAAGAAGAAGGCAGGAGGAGCCAAUGAGGUGCGAGAGCGGGCAGCGGCUGUGCGCACGCGCAGGCUCAUGAAAGAAUUAAAAGAAAUCCAGCGGAUACAGAACAGCCGGCCUGAUCCUGUAUUUACGGUGGAACUAGUGAACGACAAUCUAUUCGAAUGGCACGUGCGGCUGCACCAGAUAGACCCGGAGAGCGAGCUCGCCAGUGACCUCCGUGAACUACACAUUCCUCACAUACUACUACAUCUGAUAUUCCCAGAAAACUUCCCCUUCGCGCCGCCCUUCAUGAGGGUUAUCGAACCCAGGAUAGAGAAGGGUUUCGUCAUGGAAGGUGGUGCGAUUUGUAUGGAACUGCUGACCCCGCGUGGCUGGGCGUCUGCGUAUACGGUAGAAGCUGUGGUGAUGCAGUUUGCGGCAUCCGUGGUGAAGGGACAGGGCCGCGUGGCGCGGGCGCCGCCCAGGCCCUCCUGCGAGUUCACGCGCCGCCGCGCCGAGGAAGCAUUCCGCUCCGUCGUCAAAACACAUGACAAAUACGGUUGGGUCACGCCGGCUCUCUCCGAUGGUUGAGUUGCUUAGGGUGUGCCGAUCAACUGUAAUGCAGAAAGGAUCUCCUUUAGUUAUUUUUCAAGAACAAUUUUAGUCGUAACUAGUGCAAAUUUUGAUAAUGCUCUGCUCUGUGUAAUUAGUCUAUAUCAUCUUGUCUAAGAUCAGUGGAAAGUUGGAAUUAUAGAAAUUACAUUCAAUGUAUAAGUCUAUGGAGAAAUGGGGGCGAUGCAAGUCUUCUGACCGGAAGUUUAUAUAGGAACACAACAAUGUCACAAAGUGCAUGUUAUAUUGGAUACACAAGCACCUUCAAUAUGCAAACAUUCUUCGAUUCGCGAGUGAUUACGCAACUCAUCAGCCUACAGAUCAUGGAGCCACCAAUAGUAGUGCAACCGUGGAAUGCCGAGGGAGAAGCCGUUACAAGCAACGAUGGAAUUAAAUGGUCUUUAGACAAAUAAAUGUGGUCUCUACAUGCAUUUUCCGUCUAUGUGUGUAAUUUAUUAUGUUGUGCCAAACUCGAAUGCUCAUCGCCUACAUUGUAACGCUCAAUUUUUUCGAAUAUUCCCAUUUAUUAAAAUUUUUAAAAUAUUCGAUUCUAUAAGUGCUCGAACUAUAAAUCUUGAAUAUAAAUUGAAAACAAAAUAUUUUGCAGAUCAAACAUAUUAAUGUUUUUAAAGGAAAUGUUUCCGUCCCAAAGUCAUUUAAUCAUUUUGAUAAUAUUAGAGAUUUGUAGGUUUAAAAAAAACCCACCAAAAUGAUUCUAAAGUAUGGUAGUUUGUCAUUUCAUCUUUGAUCUAUUCUUUGUAAUUACCUAUACAAUACCUGAAAAUAUAUAAGUGUACUUUUAUUGUAAUAACACCUAAUGAAACAGUCUAGGCUCUGCAUGCUUUGUGUAAAGUCUGUAGUAGUACCUUUGCAGCUAUUUCAUGAGUAGUGAAAUGCUCAAACUAGUAUAUUAAUAAUUUUAAAUUGUGAAAUGAAAGGCUUGUGGUAAAAUUAAUGUAAAUUAGGAAAAAAUAAAUAGAAAAUUGAUGUUGUUAAUUUGUGUGGUGAACCAAAGAUGUUUUAUUUUUAUGUAAACUUCAUUCAGCGCAAAUAUGUGUAAAUUAUACUUUGACUAUAUGUACAAUGUUAUAGGUGUAAUAAUAAAUACCUGCUCAAAUGA